AUGCUGGCCCGGGAGUGCCCCAAUCUGCUGGCGGAGCUCUUUGAGGAGAUUGCGUUGCCAGACUUCUCCCACGACCUGCGGCAGUUCGAGACCUUCCGCACCGCGUAUCGGCUCAUGCGGACGCCGCGCCUGGGGCAGGUGCGGGCCAAGGACAUCCGAAAGAGCUUGGAGAUCUGCAGCCCGGUCUUUGGGGCCUCGACGUUCAAGGUGAUGGACUUCAACCUCGACAUCGAGCUGAUGGACAUCACGCCGCCCACCCAGGAGAUGAAGGCGGUCCGCAAAGGGAACCUCACCUGGCGCCGCGGCGCCUCCUUCGGGAACCCCAAGUGCAUCCCGUAG